CGGGUGUCGCUCCGGUUUUUGCACGGCUCCGGCUCUGCUGCAGAGGUUUCUGAGCUCCCAGCCCUGCUGUGCAACGGAGGUGUCAUGAAAAGGGGAAGUGCUGAGGCCCUGCGAGAUGAGCCUGUCCCCUGGCCCCCCCGCUGCUAGGAUGCUCUUUGUGCUGGCUCUGGCCUGCGCCAGCCCCUUCCUGGAUCUGCGCCCAGACGGGCCGCGCUCGCUCAACGUGGCCAUCAUCUUCAGCGGCUCGUCCUACACGCCCGAGAGCGCCCGCUUCGCCCCCACCGCCUUCCGCAACUUCUCCAUGGAGGUGAACCCUGUCUCGGUGCUGCUCAACGACACCAACCCCCGCAGCCUCAUUGUGCGCCUGUGCGACGUUCUCUCCUCCCUGCGCAUCCAUGGCGUGGUCUUCGAGGACGACACACGCACUGAGGCCGUGGCCCAGAUCCUGGACUUCAUCUCGGCCCAGACCUCAGUGCCCAUCAUUGGCAUCAAUGGGGGCUCGGCCAUCGUCCUCACACCCAAGGAGAAAGGCUCCACCUUUCUGCAGCUGGGCUCAUCGACGGAGCAACAGCUGCAGGUGAUGUUCGAGGUGCUGGAGGAGUACGACUGGACGGCCUUUGCUGUCAUCACCACGCUCUUCCCCGGCUACGAGGACUUUGUGGAUUAUAUCGAAGUGCUGACGGACAGCAGCUUCAUUGGCUGGGAACACCGGGGCGUCCUGACCCUCAACCUGACCGAUGACCCUGACGACUCCAGACUCAAGCGCCAGCUGCGGGAGAUCCCUGCCCAGAUCCGCCUGCUCUACUGCUCCCGCGAGGAGGCGGAGAGCAUCUUCCAGGCAGCACGGGACGCCGGCCUCACCGGACCUGGCUAUAUCUGGUUCAUGGUGGGCACGAACCUGGGUGGCACUGACUACAUGCCUGAGCACCUGCCCGUCGGCCUCUUCACAGUGUUGUCGGCCGGCUGGCGGGACGACCUGCACCACCGUGUCCAGAACGGGGUGGCCAUCAUUGCCAAGGGUGCCGAGGCACUUGCCAGGGACUACGGCUUCAUUCCCGAGUUCAACAACGACUGCCGGGCACCCAACCUUAGCCAGAUCCAUGAGAACCUCCACCGGUAUUUCAUGAACAUCACAUGGGGGCAAAAGGAUUUCUCCUUCAAUGAGGAUGGCUACCUCAUCAACCCAUCGCUGGUCGUCAUCUCCCUCAACAAGGAGCGUACUUGGGAGGUGGUUGGGAGCUGGGAGCACCAGAUCCUACGCAUGAAGUACCCGGUCUGGUCACGCUAUGGCAAGUUCCUGCAGCCGGUGGACGACGACCAGCACCUGACGGUGGCCACGCUGGAGGAGCGGCCCUUCGUCAUCGUCGAGAACAUCGACCCAGCCACCGGCACAUGCAUCCGGGACUCGGUUCCCUGCCGCAACCAGCUGAACCGCACCGACAGCCACCCCACAGACCCGCUGCUUUUUGAGAAGAAAUGCUGCAAAGGGUUCUGCAUCGACAUCCUCAAGCGACUGGCUAAGACCGUGGGCUUCACCUACGACCUCUACCUGGUCACCAACGGCAAGCACGGCAAAAAGAUCGACGGGGUCUGGAAUGGCAUGAUUGGGGAGGUGUUUUACCUGCGUGCGGACAUGGCCAUCGGCUCCCUGACUAUCAACGAGGAACGCUCCGAGAUCAUCGACUUCUCCGUGCCCUUCGUCGAGACGGGCAUCAGCGUCAUGGUCUCACGGAGCAACGGGACCGUCUCGCCCUCCGCCUUCCUGGAGCCCUACAGCCCAGCUGUCUGGGUGAUGAUGUUCGUCAUGUGUCUGACCGUGGUGGCCGUCACCGUCUUCAUCUUUGAGUACUUCAGCCCUGUGGGUUAUAACCGCAGCCUGGCCGCUGGGAAACGCACGGGGGGCUCCAAGUUCACCAUUGGCAAGUCCAUCUGGUUGCUCUGGGCUCUGGUCUUCAACAACUCGGUGCCCGUGGAGAACCCCAAGGGCACCACCAGCAAGAUCAUGGUGCUGAUCUGGGCCUUCUUCGCUGUCAUCUUCCUCGCCAGCUACACAGCCAACCUGGCCGCCUUCAUGAUCCAGGAGGAGUACGUGGACACGGUGUCGGGGCUGAGUGACCGCAAGUUCCAGAAGCCGCAGGACCAGUACCCACCGCUCAAGUUUGGCACGGUGCCCAACGGCAGCACGGAGAAGAACAUCCGCAGCAAUUACCCCGACAUGCACACCUACAUGGUGAAGUACAACCAGCGCAGCGUGGAGGACGCCCUGCAGCACCUCAAGUCGGGGAAGCUGGACGCCUUCAUCUACGACGCGGCCGUGCUGAACUACAUGGCGCGGAAGGACGAGGGCUGCAAGCUGGUGACCAUCGGCAGUGGGAAGGUCUUCGCCACCACCGGCUACGGCAUCGCCCUGCAGAAGGGCUCCCGCUGGAAGCGCCCCAUCGACCUGGCCCUGCUGCAGUUCCUGGGCGAUGACGAGAUCGAGAUGCUGGAGCGGCUCUGGCUCUCGGGAAUCUGCCACAACGACAAGAUCGAGGUGAUGAGCAGCAAGCUGGACAUCGACAACAUGGCGGGCGUCUUCUACAUGCUGCUGGUGGCCAUGGGGCUCAGCCUGCUGGUCUUCGCCUGGGAGCACCUCAUCUACUGGAAGCUGCGGCACUGCAUGCGCCACACCGGGCGGCUGGACUUCCUGCUGGCCUUCAGCCGGGGCAUGUACAGCUGCUGCACCAGCGAGGACGCCAAGAUGCCGGACCAUCAGCAGCUGCCCAUCCUGAACCACAGCUACCCCCCGCAACGCAGUGGGGCCACGGCCUUGCCCAGCCCCCCUGCCCCACCCCUGCCCUGCAGCAGCUUCCUGCCCCGGGACCGGCGCAUCGUGGAGCGCUGGCGCCAUGCCCGCAGCCCCAACUGCUACAAGGACCUGUACCCCCCGCCCGCCCCCUCGGAGCCCCCCAAAGCGCCCCCGCAGCGCCACGGCCUCCAGAACGCCUUCACCGAGGGCUUCCACCGCUUCUACGGCCCCAUCGAGCCCGAGGGGCUCUCGGACCACCUGGGGGCCGCCGGCGGGGCCCAGCCCAAGAAGCUGGGGCCCUGCCCGCUCUCCCCGCCCCUCCGGAGCCUGGAGAACCCCCCGUCCUACUUCGCCAUCGUGCGGGAGAAGGAGGGUCCCGACCCGGGCGCCUCGGCCUGGCAGAGGAAGUCACUGCGGGGACUGUACGAAAGUUUCCAGGCGGGCAAGGCCGGGAGCCGGACGCCAGAGGCCAAGAAACACGGCGGCGGGGGGCUGGGCAGCGGCUACGCCGCCAAGGGCCCCUGCGAGGCGGAGUGCGGCCGGCCGGCCCAGGAGCCGGGCCGAUACGGCUACACCCGGCUCUCCUACGAAGACGAGCGCAGCCCGCCCCUGGGGGCGGCCCCCUGCGGGCGGGAGCGGCGCUACCGGCGGCCCCCGGAGCCGCGGGACAGCGAGAGCCAGCCCUUGCUGCGGCCCACCUGCCCGGCCAGCCGCUCCCACGUCUGCCGCAGCCGCGCCCGCCCGCCGCCGCCGCCGCCCGCCGGCUUCCCCAGCCAGAGCCGCUACGUGGAGCUCUCGGACUCGGACUCGGAGCCGUGCGAGCAGGACGGGCCGUGCCCGGAGGCCUCCCCCCCGGCUGGGGCGCCCCCGGCCGACGGGCACAGCUGCUGGUACGCGGCCCCCGAUUUCUUCUGCACCUACCCCGCCCGGGAGCCCCCGCUCUUCGCCCCGCACAAGCCCGUGCGCUACUGGUCGGCCGACAAGCUGGCCCCCUGCCGCUCGUGCCACCGGCUCUGCCCGCACUGCACCAGCCUGGAGCUGCUGCCCCCCCCGACGCCGCCCUGCCGCAAGGAGGCCCGGGGCUACUUCAGCCGCUCCGAGGAGCGCCUGGAGCGCUGGCUGGACUGGGAACACCGCCUCUGCAGCCCCUACAGCUGCCUGGCGCCCCGGCACCACCACGGCCUCUACCGGCGCUGCCACCACCACCACUCCUGCGAGCUGGGCCCGGCCGGCUCCCUGCUGCACCCCACCUCCCGCAGCCUGGAGGACCUGAGCUCCUGCCACCUUGUGCGCUGCGGCCUGGCCCCCCACCGCCUCGGCUUCUCCCCGCCCCGCCUGACCCGCAGCGGGGAGCUCUUUGCCCGCCGCGGCUCCGCCCACUUCUCCAGCCUCGAGUCCGAGGUAUGA